CCUGCGUUACACAACUCACGCCGAGCACGUUCACGGAAGGAACUUUGUGGUUAUCUUUUACAAAUGGCGACUUACGGUGCAACACGCCGUGCCGUCUAAUAACCCGUUUGAGACGUAAGUCCGGAUCGUUUUGUCGCGCAAAUAAACGUUGAAGCGCUCGGCGCGACAAAGUCGACCGAGCGACUGAACGAGAGGCGAUCCACGACGCGCGACAGAUUUGAUAAUCUCGUACCGCCAAGUCUGUAAUAAUGGGAAACGUGAUGGCCGCCUCCGCACCUCCUCCGCCGCCACCUCCGCCACCGGGUCCCGGACUGAUGCCGAAUUUAGGCAAGCCGGAUGCGUCUACGGAUGUCUACGCGCCUACGGCCGAGGCGCCCGGCCAGAUCGAGAACCCGGGUACCAUCGAGGAUUUGCACAAAAAGUGUAAAGAUAUACUCCCAAUGAACUUUGAAGGAGCAAAACUGGUAGUCAAUAAGGGAUUGAGUAACCAUUUCCAUAUUUCACAUACUAUUAAUAUGAGUUCGGUAACACAAUCUGGCUACAGAUUUGGUGCCACUUUCGUCGGUACAAAACAAAUUUCACCUACGGAAGCAUAUCCUAUAUUAUUGGGCGACAUUGAUCCAAGCGGAAAUCUAAACGCCAAUAUUCUUCAUCAGUUCGGUUCAAGACUGAAAGGAAAAUUGGCAGCGCAAGUGCAAAGAAGUAAAUUUACCGCUGUACAAAUGACGGCUGAUUAUCGAGGAGAUGCGUAUACUUGUUCCUUAACGCUAGGCAAUCCAGAUAUUCUUACUGGCUCUGGGGUACUUGUUCUACAUUAUCUUCAAAGUUUGACGCCAUCGCUCGCAUUGGGUGGCGAGCUUGCGUAUCAACGUGGACCUGGUGUGCCAGGCGGACAAGUUGCGUUACUAUCCGCUGCGGGAAGAUAUACAAAUGGCGACUCUACAUUCAGCGGUAGCGUUAGUCCAUCCGCUUGCCAUUUGUCCUUCCACCAAAGAGCUAGUCCACAGUUGCAAGUGGGUGUGGAAUUAGAAAUUAAUGCGCGAAUGCAAGAAUCUUCGGCAGCAAUCGCCUAUCAAGUCGAUUUACCUAAAGCAGAUUUAGUGUUUAAAGGUUGCGUAGAUACGACUUGGACGGUAGGGGCAGUUUUAGAAAAGAGAUUGCAACCGUUGCCAUUCUCAUUUGCGCUCAGUGGUAUGAUGAAUCACAGCAAACAGCAAUUUAGAUUAGGUUGUGGCCUAAUCAUCGGUUAAGAACAAUAUGCGGUUAUGUAAUUUUCGAGAAAAUCGGGGAUUACACUUUACGGACAGUCACGUAAUCUUAGGAUCCAUAAUACCAUAUCGACUUCUUUCAGAUUUUAAUACUUUUCAGAGCUUAUUGUUUCGUUAAAAAUACAACUCGUGUUAAACAAUCGUGUUAAUUUGAUUAAAAUAUCUACGGGUAUCCAAACUGGAUUUCUCGUAAUACACCGUCUGUGGUUUUUUUUUCUAUAGCAAUUUGCCAUCAAAAUAUGCAUUACAUAAGUUUUUUUUAUAUUAAUAUUCUUUCAUCCAAAAAUGUUAAGUAUAUUUUUGUGAAUAAAAUAUGACAUCGUAGUAUGAUAAAAUUAAUAUAAAAUUUUUUAUAUCUAUGUAUAUUGUGUGUCAACAUUUUGGAUUAUUGAAAACAAAUACACUAAUUUUUUAUUAAGUCAAAUAUUAAAACUGUAGUAAUCAAGUUGCAAACUUCAAGUGUAACAAAUUUCUAUAGAUGACAUGAAAAUAUCGAAAAAUUUAUUCAAUUUUUGUUUAUUAAUUUCAUUAAAUCAACGAUCGUUACAAAUGUCCCAUAAUCAAAUACGUAAAAGUAUAUUACAUAAGUAGUAGAGUUACCGAAAUUUGUCGUGUGGUAUUAUUUUCCGAACGUAUUGAUCAGUUUCCUAAGAUUUUCUAUUUUCUUUUCUAUUUAAAUAGACAAAAUAGAUAAAAUAUAUGUAUGGCUUGAUCUUUAAUCGUACAUAACUUCAGCAUUUACUUGAGUAACAAUUUUCUUGGUUACAAUACAUUUAUCAAAUGAAACUUGUUUCAUGAUUUUUAUAAUAAAUUAUUAUCAAAGUUCUAUCUUUUAUCUAUUAUUGCUGAGUGUGUUUAUUAACUUGAUAUAGGUCUCCUAUUAAUGAUUUGCAGCUUGCAAAAUAAAUAAUUUGUGAAUAUUCAUGGCUAUAUAUUUAAUCUUCGAGUCCAUUAACUGUUGUUAAAAAAAUUAUUGUAAAUAUGUCAUAUAUGAACAUACAAUGUAAUAUUAUGUGCCACAAUUAAAACAGUAUAAUGAUUAGGAGGUAAUAUUGGGCUUCGUACUAAUGAUUCGACUUAUGCAUAAAUGUAUCACCAAAAAUUGUAAAGAAAUGCGUAAUAUUUGUUAAAAUUGUUAGCAAAAUCUAUUGCAACGCACAUUCUCACGUUAGCUUCAAUGUAAAAUUUCGUUUAUCUCUAAGAAAAAGAUAACUAAAAGUUGUACAACCCCCGGUUAGAAGAUGCGACCGCAUGCGCGGAGAGAUUCAGGGUUUCUUAAUCUUUAAUCUGUUUGUACACAAUUUUAUUGUAAGUAUGACAGAAUAAAGUUGUAUAUUGUUAAACAAAA